UAAGCUGGGCACCUUUAAACAAAUCAACAACUGAAUUAUUGAAGGAUCAUAUCACUUUCCUGUAAGAGAAACACUAAUUCAAAAUAGUAAGGUGACUCUUCGCUCUGGGUUUUGUCCUAAACAGAGGAAAUUAUUAACGGGUUUAGCGAUAUAUAUAUAGAGAGAAGAAUACAACGCUCUAUUUCAGUGACUUCGGAAGCAAAAAUAUUACAUCAACAACAAUAACCAUGGCUGGUAUGCUUGCAGGAGUAGAGCAUGCUAGAGGAAGAAGGACUAGGCAUCAUCUCUUUGACAGCAGUUGUCGCGAUAUAAUCCGUCACCAUCAGCGAAUCGAUACGUUUAGUACUAUGGAUGGAGCCGCUCUUAAUGCUCGUCGCAGACUUGAAGAAAAACUCCACGGUCUUCCUCCUUCCAGUGACAGAAGGAAUAAACUCCAGACUAACAAAAGCAACAACAGCAGUGAAGGAAGAAGCUCCAAACCUGCAAAAAAAGAAGCCAGAAAGGAUCCAGAUCAUGAAGUGGUACCGGUAGUAGGGUCGACAAAGUUUGCACACUUAAAAAGAAUGAAUUCAUCACAGAGAGAAGAAGUUUGUUCCAUUUGCUUAGAAGAAUUUGGGACACAACGUCCGGUUAUGAACUUGCCGUGUUUUCAUAAAUAUCAUUCAGACUGUCUUCUACCAUGGCUCGCUAAUCAUUCACAUUGCCCUUAUUGUAGAACCCGUGUCCGUCCCUAAUCUCACCCUCCCUCUUCCAUGUUCUACCUUCGUUUUCAUUUCUCUUUGCUGUACUUGUUGCUAAGAUGUAUGUAGUUGGUUGUAAACUUGUAAUAUAGAAGAGUCAGGUUGACUUGGUUUGGUCACUCAAAGUCAAAACUGGCCACAGAAACCCUCCUUUUCA